AUGCCUGCAUCAGAUAAUAAUCGUUCAACAGUUUUUGUUAUAACUGGUGUAGGUACUUCUACAUCGGAUCGCAAACCAGCGGCUGUUGAUACUACUAAGGAUAAACAAGAAAAACAUGAAGAUAAUUAUCCACGAUCAUCAUCAAAUCGUCGUAAUCGAUAUUCUUCAUAUAAUUCAUUACCAGCAAAUUAUCGAGCACGAGUACGUCGACCAUCAUCAAAUGACGAUUUCAGUUCAAAUGAUGGGUCUUUAGUUGAUUAUGGACUUAAUUAUCCUACAUCGAUUUAUCCUGGAUCAAUGCCAUCUGUUGGUGGUGCUGUCGAUAAUAGUCCAUAUGUAAACAAUGCACCAACUUGCUAUGCAUUACUUGAUCCACAAUAUCCAUUAUUUUCGGAUCUUUGCGGUGCUGUACCACAAGCUCGAUAUUCUUUACCAAAUUCAUUUGGUCAUUUUGAACGAUGGCAAAUAACACAAGUUUUAAAUACUAUACUUGGUUCAUCACCACCAACAAAUCCAACAUGUACUCGUUCAUUACGUCUUUUAAUAUGUCCAUUACUUUUUCCACCAUGUCCAUCACGAUAUGAACCUCCAGCAGUUGUUCCUUGUCAACCAUUUUGUCGAGUUGUUAAAAGUCAAUGUUCAGCACCUUCACUUGAUCUUCUACCUUGCGAUUUCCUUCCACCUACAUCUGAUCUUUGUCCAGUUAAUCCAGCACCGUACACUUCACUUCUCUCGUCAUUCGGUCAACCAUUAUCAUUUGCCGGUGGUGUAACACAAUCGGCAAUGCCACAAUCUCCACUUUCAGCAUAUUUAGCACAAUCAGGUCUUCAAUUAGCACUUUCACAACCAACUUAUUCAUCACCAAUGGCACCAUCAGGUGUACCACAAGCUAACAUACCUUCUUUCUUCCAACCAUCAAAUGUACCACAAUUUGGUUUACCUCCAUCAGCAAGAACAUCAUUAGUAGCACCAUUUCCUUUUAAUCAACAGUUCAAUACACAACAAUAUAUGCCUGAUACAAUAAGUCCGGUCUUAGUUAAUUUUCCACGUAUUCCACAUGAAUAUUAUAAUGGACCAGCGGCAGGAUUUAUUCCAGCAAUGCGUUCAGCGACAGAAACAACAGAUUAG